UCUAUCAUUCAUUCACAUCAUCAAGCAUCAAGAAGAAAAUCACUCACAGGAUCUUCAGAGCAUCAAGAGCAAGAGAAAAAAAUGAAGUCUGCUGUAGUUUUUGUUCUGUUUGCUGGUCUACUUAUUCUUCAUGUAGAAGGACAGGCCAGUCCCAGCGUAAGGAGAUGUUUGUGUCUGGGUCCUGUUGCUAACGCAGUUCGUCUACAACUUGUGGACAAGAUUGAAGUGUAUCCUGUUAGUGCAUCUUGUGAAAAUGUUGAAAUCAUUGUCACCCUGAAGAACGGAGCAGGGAAAAAGUGCUUGAAUCCCAAUUCUGGAUUUACUCAGAAAUACAUCAAGGCAGCUUUAAAAAAAAGGAGUGCAUCCAUCUUCAAAAUGAAAGCUGCAACUCUCACAGUGUUGUUCGUCAUCAUUUUUGCACUGACUGCGAUGCUUUGUGAAGGGCGGAUCGAAGGAAAAGCAGAGCGCUGUUCUUGCCAAAAGAAAGCACAGGAAAGGGUAAGACAUGCACUUGUGAAGAGUUUAGUGAUAUUCCCUCCAAGUGGCUCCUGUGCAAAGACUGAGAUCAUAUUAACUCUGAAGCAAGGAAUGAAGGUCUGCCUGAAUCCAGAAGGAAACCAAGGACAGAAAUUCUUAAGUGGAAAUAAGCAAAAGAAAAAGUCCAAGGGUCAACAUAACAACAAGCAGAACAAGGACAAGCCUCAAAACUGAAAUUUACAGCAGAAUACAACAAGCUAUGUUGACCGGAUUGCUCAACCUUUUACCUUAUGAAAUAUUCAUGUUCACUGCAUAUUAAUGAAGAAAAGUCAUUACUGUAUGUGUGUAUAUGUCUGUUUGCUCAAAUUUACUCUGAAAUCUAACCCAUGCUUUGUCUAGUAAAUAUUUAACAGGAAUGAAACAAUAUUUUUUAAAUUACUUCUAAUCAAAUUGCCUGAAGAAAGAUAACAUGCUAUUAAGGACUAAAUGUAUAAUGAUAUUAAUAUUACACAGACGAUGAUAUUGCAAAAUUAACAUUUAACAAUAAAUGUCAAUUAAAUUUCCUCUAUUUGGUGAACUGAUCGAAACCUGAAACCAAAUAAAUAAAUAAAUAGUAAAACCUUAAUACAAUCGGAAUACAUUAAAUUGUUUUCUUUAUUUA